AUGGUUGUUGUUCCGGAAUCGUCGGUGAAUUCUUCCGUGAAAGAUUCAUACUAUUCAUACAGAGACGCGAAUGCGCAGUGCUUCGAUGAGUCGGCUUCGGUUUCAAGCAGUGCAGGAAGCAGUACGAGCAAAAACUGCAUCGUUUCGGUGCUGGAUGCACCACCGGGACCUUUCUCGGCCCUGGAUAUCUCACCAGAUGGAAAGAUUGUAUGCUAUGACGAGAAACUGAAUCGCAUUGUGCAAAUCGAUUUUCGCACCGAAGACAGGAUUUUUCAUGUGAUACCCAGCUGCCUGAAUUUCGAGCGCUUCUACUGGUCACAUAUUGUUGCCGUACAGAACACAGUGUUGCUCGCACUGUUGAAAAGCCAUCGAAGUUGUGCAUUUUAUCUGGUCUCUUUUUUGCUGCAACCUGACAGACCUGAUGCACUGGAGGUGCAGCGAAUUCGAACCAAAAUUUUCACGGAUGGCUACGAGGUAAACUUUCGAUUGCGGCGUUUAUCAGGUUUCUGGGCUUAUCAGGUCUCGUAA